GGGGGGUGGUAGGGUGGUGGAUACGGAGAGAGCAGAGGGUUGUCCGUACCUCAGAGAGAUGGAUAAAGAGAAGAUGAUGCAUUAGAAUGUGUUACAGACUUUGCAAAGGACAAGCUCAAACCACGCAGCCGACCCCACCAAACGCCAUGAGAGAGUUCAAGAGCAAGGAUUUCUGGAGGGCCGUUCUGGCCGAACUGGUCGGCAUGACCCUCUUCAUCUUCCUCAGCAUCUCCACGGCCAUCGGGAACCAGAACAACAGCAACCCCGACCAAGAGGUGAAGGUGUCGCUGGCCUUUGGACUGGCCAUCGCAACACUGGCCCAGAGUUUGGGGCACAUCAGCGGAGCCCACCUGAACCCCGCCGUCACCCUCGGGAUGCUCGCCAGCUGCCAGAUCAGCGUGCUCAAGGCAGUGAUGUACAUCGUGGCACAGAUGUUGGGUUCAGUCCUGGCCAGUGGCAUCGUAUACGGAGCACGUCCCAACACCACCAACACACUGGGGCUCAACUCUCUUGCCGGUGUCACCCCCAGCCAAGGCGUGGGCAUAGAGCUUCUGGCAACCUUCCAGCUUGUGCUGUGUGUCAUUGCAGUCACUGAUAAAAGGCGGCGUGAUAUCACCGGCUCAGCUCCCCUGGCCAUUGGCCUCUCGGUCUGUCUGGGACACUUGGCAGCUAUCAGCUACACCGGCUGUGGCAUCAAUCCCGCCCGGUCCUUUGGUCCAGCUUUGAUCCUGAAUGACUUCACAAACCACUGGGUGUACUGGGUGGGUCCGAUGUGUGGCGGAGUAGCAGCGGCUCUCAUAUAUGACUUCUUGCUGUCCCCCAAAUUCGACGACUUCCCCGACCGCAUGAAGGUCCUGGUUAGCGGUCCAGUUGGCGACUAUGACGUCAACGGAGGCAACGACACCACUGUGGAGAUGGCGUCAAAAUAGUUACAGACACUGAAAGCUAAUGUACAGGUCUAUACUCUUGUAAAAAAUAUACAUACAGAAAAAACUUCAGUCUUGAGUUUAAUGUGUGUUUUAGUAUUUUGGUGUUGUUUUUAAAUACCAGUGAGGAUUGUUUUCUACGGGUCAUUUUAGUGUCACAUUCUUAUUAACUCGUUUUCAAUGACCCGAGUACUAACUUAUCAUCCAAACUGCAGCUCAAACGUUUGGAUCGAAGGUCUUAACAAAGCAGAGUGUGAAACACUGUUCCCUUAUCAGUAUUCUGUGUUGAGCCAUAUUUUGUUUGUAUAUUUCAACAUAUCUGUAUCACUUCUUGUUUCGAAUAAAUAAUAUGUUCCAUGUGCACUUAAAUGUCUUACACUUUUAUAUGUAAAAUAAAAAAACACUGGAUGUGAAAAGG